CCGCUUCCUCUGAAAUUUCUCUCCCUCUCUAUUCUCUCGCUAUAAAUACUCUCCCUCUCUAAACGGUUUCCCAUCUCUCUAAUUUCGAUUUCGUUUUGAAUUUCAGAAGACGAAACUACCUGUGUUACAAUGGGCGAGAAGAAGACGAAGAACGAGAAUGAGAAAAACGGCGAUGGAGGCGGAGGGAAGAAGAAGGAAGAGAAUCCAUUCACUGUGGUUCUUAAAGUCGAUAUGCAUUGUGAAGGCUGCGCCAACAAAAUCACCAAAUGUGUUAAGGGAUUUGAAGGUGUGCAGACUGUGAAAGCUGAGAUUGAAGGAAACAAACUGACAGUAACGGGGGAAAAAAUAGACGCAUCGAAACUCCUUGAGAAGCUUUCAAACAAGACGAAGAAGAAAGUGGAUUUGAUUUCACCACAGAGCAAGAAAGAAAAGGACUCGAAGCCCAAAGUUAAGGGCGAUGAAGACCAGACCUCUUCUAAUAACAACAAAUCCGACAAGAAAACAGAGGAGAACAAGAAGAAACCCAAAGAGCCGCCGGUGACGACGGCGGUGCUGAAGGUGGCGCUACAUUGCCAGGGGUGUAUAGAGAAGAUUCAAAGGAUUACAACCAAAUUCAAAGGCGUUCAAGAGAUGUCAUUGGAUAAGCAGAAGGAGUUGGUGACCGUGAAAGGCACAAUGGAUGUUAAGGCCUUGAGUGGUUGCUUAACCGAGAGACUAAAACGAGCGGUGGAGAUUGUCCCAACGAAGAAGGAGAAAGACAAGGACAAUAACAACAACAACAACAAAAACGAAGGUGGUGGCGGCACCAAGAAAGAACCUCCUGCAGCCGGCGACGGCGACAGCAAUAGCAAUGAGAAUGGAGGAGGAAAGAAGAAGAAGAAAGGCGGUAACGGUGGAGGAGACGGUGGAGCAACGGGCAUGGAAGAGGGUGGUGGAGGUGGAAAAAUGGAAGGGUACAAAAUGGAGUACAUGGGAGUGGGAGGAGGAAUAGGAUAUGGAUACGGGUUGAAUGGGUACGGGAUGAGUACUGGUCUCGGGUAUGGGUACGGGUAUGGAGCGGGAGGGGUCGUGGGGGAGAAUUUACACGCACCGCAGUUGUUUAGCGAUGAGAAUCCAAAUGCUUGCUCGAUCAUGUAAGGAUUAGAAAAUGUAAAAAUUUAGAAGAAGAAUCCAAUGUCUAGUUGGUAAUUUGGUUAGUUUUUGGUAGGGGAGGGGGAAUGAAGGAAGGAAGGAAGGUUUUUGUUGUUAUUUUGUUGGUUAAUAUUGGAUGAAGAGGGGAAUUGAUUCCCUUUGGGCUAUCAUUAUGUGUUUGUUUUUUAA